AUGGCGGCUACAGCCGAAGAACGCGAGGGUAACACUUUCAAUGAGCUGGUAGCACUACUACUGCGUAACGAGGACAGCAAAAAACACGCGGCCGAUGUGGAGAUGGACAUGAGGCGGCUACUAAUGCUGGCGCGUGAUGCCCACUUGCGAGACCAAUUUGUCCAAGCGCAGGGUGUCCGCCGGGUCACCCUCAUCGCCACAUCCGCUACAAACAAUGUUACACGUCGUCUAUGCGCUGGCGCAGCUGCGUUGCUAGCCUUCUCCACGCAAAACCAUUGCCAACUGCACCUUGAUAAACUGGGUGGAAUCUCCGUCCUCUUGAAAAUACUCGACGUUAAGCAAGCCGAUUACGCUGCCACAGAUGUUGCUAUCUACUCGGCUGCGAUACUCUGGAAUAUGUGUAAGGCUCCAGCUUUGCUACUGAAACUUGAGACUAUCUACGGUGUUUUAAAGGAUCAGCUCACGCGUAAGCUCAGUAACCUCCUUAUAGCACCAUUUGAGCCGGUCCAGCUCUUCCUGACCCCAACAGGAGAGCGGGGAAUGCCAGUUUUACUCGACUUUGAAGGCGAAAAUCUAAACGUCUUGGUCACGGCUUCCAUCUCCACUCAGUUGAGUGUCGUUCUCGCCAUCGAAAACUACGUCGGUCGCGCUCGCUCACUGGCCGACCAAUUUCGCCCCAAAACGCCUCCAGCGUCAGCUGUAGUGACAAGAAGCCGAGCUUUAGGAGGCUCGUCUGGACUUGCGCAACCAGCAGGAGCGAGCGUGGCUCACUACGACGAAAGUGGAGUACUGGCAUCACGAACUUGUGUUGUCUGCACGAAACUUAUUUCAGUGAAACCAUCAAGACGAAAACGAAUCCGUCCGUCACUGCUGUGUUCAAGGCCAUCAGAAUCUCACGGGUAUCACCUUCGCCGACAACGGUGA